UCAGACUAACUAAAAUAUACACUGAUCAAGCGAUCAUUGUAUCUCCUCGAUUACCAAUUAGACGAAAAGAGAAGCUCUGCGGGGGAAACCUAAAUUGAACAAUGGCUCAGUCUAGCAAUCCCGCUGCAGGUGUUGACAACACUUUCAGAAGGAAGUUUGAUCCAGAAGAAUACCUCCAACGGGCUCGUGAGCGUGAGGAAAAGGAAGAGGCUAAGUCUAAAUCCAAAAAAUCAAAAGGUCCUGCUGUCCAAAGGCAACCAUUGAAGCAUAGGGAUUUUGAGGUUGAUCUUGAAUCCCGCCUGGGGAAGACUCAGGUUAUCACUCCAAUAGCACCUUUAAGCCAGCAGGCAGGAUAUUUCUGCUCAGUCUGUGAAUGUGUAGUGAAAGAUUCAGCAAACUACUUGGAUCAUAUCAAUGGAAAAAAACAUCAAAGAGCUUUGGGCAUGUCUAUGCGAGUGGAACGGGCAUCCCUUGAGAAGGUUCAGGAGAGAUUCGGGAUUCUCAAGAAAAGGAAGGAUGUAGAAAGCUUUACAGAAAAAGAUUUGGAUGAAAGGAUCUUGAAACAGCAACAAGAAGAGGAGGAAAGGAAACGCCAACGCAGAGAAAAAAAGAAAGAGAAAAAGAAGGAGAUGUUGGCCGAGGAGGAAACAACAAAGGAAAUAGACCCAGAUGUUGCAGCUAUGAUGGGAUUUGGGGGAUUCGGUUCUUCAAAGAAGUGAAAAAGAAGAAGCCAACUCCCAGUUGUUGAUGGAAUUUGGCGGACUGACAAAAAAAUUUAUAUCCAGUUGCUUGCAAAUUCUGUCAUUAAAUGUACAUUGGGUUAAAAAAUUUUGAUUUAUAUUUCUAAAAAUUCAGACUGUUAUGCUCUGAUUAGUUUAGUUCUUUUACCUUUUGAAAGUUAAUCAGUAAGCUAGAAGAAAUUGAGAAGAAUUGGGGUUCACUAG